AUGUCGGAAAAAGAGGAGCGGCCUUCGCUCCGACCGGUCGCCUUCGCGGCCGUCGUCUUCUCGACGGUCGCGUUGACGAGUUGUCUCCUUACCUUUCCGAUGAUCUUGCACUACGUGCAGACACUUGAAUCUCAAGUUCAACUUGACCUCGAAUACUGCCAGGCCCGGGCUCGCGACAUGUGGAAGGAGAUGCUAAACAUAGAAACCGGUGGAAGACGUGAUGUUGCUAAACUGGCUGACAUCGUGAUGAGUCAUAGAAGGAUAGAAAAGAGAGACACACUAGCGGAUUUCUGGGCCCGUCGUCUGCACGAUCAAGAACUUCGUGACGAGCCAGUUGGAUAUGACACCCCUUCUGCUGCUGUAGAGACUGCUGGCCCGAUCGGAGGAGGAGCACAAGGAUGCUGCACCUGCAAUCGCGGACCACCUGGUCCACCCGGAGAUCCUGGACGAGAUGGCAUUGAUGGACUUGAUGGCACCCCAGGUGAUAUUGGACCUCCUGGCCCACCGGCUCCACCAGGUCCUGACGCUUCGACACUCUUCCCUCCGCAGUGCCCAUGUGAGGCACCACCUGGCGAGCCAGGACCGAAAGGACAGCAAGGCCCGGACGGUCCACCUGGGCCUCCUGGUGCACCCGGAGAAGAUGGAAAACCCGGUGAUCAAGGCCCACGUGGUGCUCCCGGCAUGCCGGGACCCACUGGGCCAGCCGGACGUCCUGGACCGCCUGGUGAACCCGGAACAUACAAGACCGAAGUGGGACCACCUGGUAGACCUGGAGCACCUGGACGUCCUGGACCACCGGGACAACCAGGACCACCAGGAGGACCCGGUAACGACGGAAAACCUGGCCCACAAGGUCCACCCGGAAUGGCUGGACCACCCGGACAGCCAGGACAGAAUGGACAACCCGGACCACCUGGGCCUAAUGGAGAGAAUGGAGCACCCGGAUCAUGCGAGCACUGUCCUCCAGCAAGACUUGCCCCUGGAUAUUAAACCUCAUUUUGAACAGAAUAAAUUUUUUU